AAGAUCAAGCUAACCUAAAUGCUACAGACUCUGCGGACUUCUGCGAACUCUGCAAGUGUAACGGAAAAAGUCGCCCAUCAUUGUCCGUGUCAAAAGCGCUCCAAACUCAAUAAUGUUUCUAGCUCGCUCCAACCGAACUCGGCCGUCCAUAGCCAGCCUAGCUGAGGGAUACUUAUUACUGGCCCGGCGCAGCGAUUGCCAGAGCUUCUCGUCCACCACAGCUGCUGUUGCUCGAGGGCGGCACAAAAAUUUCAGGUUCUGCUAGGAUCAGGCCUGCUAUGACGUAUCCCGACCCCGCCACCUGCGACUACUCCUUCCUAGUGUUUCCACCCCGCGAUUCAAGACACACGCCUACGGCUUGGUCGGCUUUAUACACACGCGCAGGAGAUAUUCUGAAAUCCCAAGUCGCAGGGACCCUGGCACGGCCACCCAGCCGAGCACAAUGGCUGACAGUCGCAACACCAAACCAGUCCAGACUGACAAGGUGUCAGUGACCGAAGGCGAGUACGUCGAGCAGACCGAGCAUCUCCCUCCCGGCAUCAUGGAAACCAAGGAGGAAGUCGAGCACCAAUGGUUCGUUGGGAGCAUCGACCAAGGAACCACUUCCACUCGCUUCCUCAUAUUCAAUGGCAAAGGCGACCCCGUCGCAGACCAUCAAAUGGAAUUCGAGAAUAUGUAUCCGGAGUCAGGAUGGCACGAGCAUGACCCCCUAGAACUCCUUUCUUCCGUCGAGGAGUGCAUUGACAAUUCCAUGCGCCAAUUCGAGAAGCAAGGUUACACCAAGGCCAACAUUCGCUCCAUCGGGAUAACGAACCAGCGCGAGACAACGGUAGUCUGGGACAAGAAUACCGGGGAGCCCUUAUACAACGCCAUUGUAUGGCCGGAUACCCGGACAAAGAAUCUCGUGCGCGAGCUCCGCAACCGCGACUCCUCCGAAGAGCUCCUGCCGCUCUGCGGAUUGCCGCUGUCCACCUACCCAAGCAGCGUCAAGCUGCUCUGGCUGCUGCAGAACGUCGACGCCGUGAAGAAGGCAUACGAUGAAUCGCGUCUCGCCUUCGGAACUGUUGACUCCUGGCUGAUAUUCAAGUUGAACGGCGGCGUUAAGGCGGAGAAGCCGGUACAUGUGACCGACAGCACGAAUGCGAGCCGGACCAUGUUUAUGAACCUUCGGACGCUGAAGUAUGAUGACAGGCUCCUGAAGUUCUUCGGACUCGACAGGGAAAAAAUCAGCCUUCCGCAGAUCGUACCGUCCUCAGAUCCAGAUGUGUUUGGCAAAGUGACCUACGGCGCGCUGGAGGGGAUCUCCAUCGCCGGGUGCCUCGGAGACCAAUCCAGCGCCCUAGUGGGGCAAUGCGGCUUCAGCCCGGGCCAGGCCAAGAAUACCUACGGAACGGGAUGCUUCCUGCUGUACAAUGUCGGGGACGAACCAGUCAUAUCAAAGUCGGGCCUGCUCGCAACCAUCGCAUACGACUUUGGCAAAGGCAAAAAGCCGGUAUACGCACUUGAAGGCAGCAUCGCGGUUGCCGGUUCCGGCGUCAAGUUCCUGAUGAAUAAUCUUGGCUUCGUGAAUGAGUCGAGCAAGAUUACCGAGCUCGCCGAGUCCGUCAAGGACAAUGGCGGCGUCUUCUUCGUCACGGCCUUCAGUGGCCUCUUUGCCCCUUACUGGAUCGACGACGCCAAGGGAACAUUAUUCGGCAUAACCCAACACACCACAAAGGGCCACAUCGCCCGCGCGACUCUCGAGGCGACGUGCUACCAGACCAAGGCGAUCCUCGACGCCAUGGAGCAGGACUCGGGCCACAAGCUCGAGUCGCUCGCCGUCGACGGCGGCAUGUCCAACUCGGACCUGUGCAUGCAGACUCAGGCUGACAUCAGCGGCAUCCCCGUCGACCGCCCCGGCAUGCGCGAGACCACCGCCCUCGGCGCCGCCAUCGCCGCGGGGCUGGCCACGGGCGUGUGGAACGAGCUGGAGGACCUCAAGAACGUCAACCAGGAAGGCAGGAGGGUCUUCCAGCCUGACAUGCCGCGGGACAAGGCCGAGAAGCUGUUCAAGAAGUGGGAGCAGGCAGUGGAUAUGAGCAGGGGGUGGGUUAAUGGGACUGACUAAGAGGUGUAUAGGGAAAGGGUGCAUCCUUGGAUUUGUGUGAUGAGGCGAGAUCUAAUGGAAGCUCAAACUAGAAAUCACCGCACUGGGAGUAGUGAGAAAAGUAGCCUCUUGAAUAAUUGUCAUGGCAUGGGUCCCCAGUACGGGCCAUGGUGCCAUGAUCCAUCCAUUUCACCACCUAUCCAGCCUUCUAUAUACAAUAUAAUCGGCUAGCGUGCUCUAUACCAUACCAAAC